UGAGCAGGUGGACUGCAAAGUCAGAAGACAGAUCAGAGACAGAUCAGGGGUCGGUCGUCUGGCAGCGGCAGGCUUGUCCCACUGGAUCCCUGUCCUCCAGACAUGGCCCCAGGCCCCCUGGAUCUCCAGCCCUGUGGCCCUUAGGGGGUGCACACAGCUUAGGUGCCGCCACUCCAGGGCCCGGCACAGCCGGCCGCUGGCAAGAACAUGGAGACAGUGGCCCCAGCUGUGGACCUGGUGCUGGGCGCCUCGGCCUGUUGCCUGGCCUGCGUCUUCACCAACCCCCUGGAGGUGGUGAAGACGCGGCUGCAGCUGCAGGGGGAGCUGCAGGCCCCUGGCACCUAUCCUCGGCACUACCGGGGCUUCGUGGCCUCCGUAGCCGCUGUGGCCCGUGAAGACGGGCUGUGCGGCUUGCAGAAGGGACUGGCCGCCGGCCUCCUCUACCAGGGCGUCAUGAACGGCGUCCGCUUCUACUGCUACAGCCUCGCCUGCCAGGCUGGCAUCACCCAGCAGCCAGGUGGCACUGUGGUUGCAGGUGCUGUGGCUGGGGCAUUGGGAGCUUUCGUGGGGAGCCCUGCUUACCUGGUCAAAACUCAGCUGCAGGCUCAGACGGUGGCUGCAAUAGCCGUGGGGCACCAGCACCACCACCAGAGCAUCCUGGGUGCCAUGGAGACCAUCUGGCGACAGCAGGGCCUGGCAGGGCUGUGGCGGGGCGUGGGAGGGGCUGUGCCCCGAGUCAUGGUGGGCUCUGCUGCCCAGCUGGCCACCUUCGCCUCUUCCAAGGCCUGGGUACAGGAGCAACAGUGGCUCCCAGAGGACAGCUGGCUGGUGGCCCUGGCUGGAGGCAUGAUCAGCAGCGUAGCUGUGGUUGCAGUCAUGACCCCCUUCGAUGUGGUCAGCACGCGGCUAUACAAUCAGCCUGUGGAUGGAGCUGGCAGGGGCCGGCUGUACAGGGGCCUUGCUGACUGCCUGGUGAAGACCUGGCGGCUGGAGGGCCCCCUGGCGCUCUACAAGGGUCUGGGCCCCGCCUACCUGCGCCUGGGCCCCCACACCAUCCUCAGCAUGCUUUUCUGGGAUGAGCUCCGGAAACUGGCUGGGCGGAGCCAGCGCCAGGGCACCUAAUUGGCAUCCCUUGCCCCCGAAUCGUGGAGCAGCCCAGCACCUGGUGCCAGCUGGGAAUGCGGUCUCAGAGCUGGCCACAGGCCCCGGCACUGCCACAGGCCUGAUGAGAGUGUGGACAGCUCUGGUCAACCCGGCCCCGUGGCCCACCGACCCGCUCCAAAUCACCACCCUCUUUGUUCUCCAGAAAGUUCUCUUCCCUUCCUUCUCUGUGUGGGGUUGCCUUGUCCCAUAGCCUCCUCAUCGUUAUGAUAACUGCUCCCAAGCAUCACCAGGAGCUGGGUCUCUUACACGCCUCAGCUCGCUUCGUCCUCAAACAACAGUGUGACACAGUAAAAUCCUCUGUUGCUCAUGAGGAAGCUGAGGCUCAGAAAGGUGAGGUGCUUUGACCAAAGUCACACAGCUUUGAAGUGGCAGUGCCAGGACUGGAGCGUUCUGCCCAGAACUGUGCCCUUGGCAAGAACCAGGACCUGGGGGCUGGCGUACAUACGAGGAGGCCUGGGGGUGCACCGUGAGGCUGUAGUGUCAUCUGGGUUAGUCCACUAGGGCUGCUGUAACAAAGUACCUCAGACUGGGCGGCUUCAACAAGAGAAAGUUCUUUCCUCACAAUUCCGGAGGUUAGAUGUCUGAGAUCAAGGUGUCGGCAGGGUUGGUUUCUCCUGAGGCCUCCGCUUGGCUGGUAGACAGCGCCUUCUCUCUGUGUCCUCAACGUGGUCUCCCCUCUGCGUGUCCGUGCCCUAAUCUCCUCUCCUUCUAAGGACACCAGUCACGUUGGAUUAGGGUCUACCCCAGUGAUCCCAUGUUAACUUAAUCACUUCUUUAAAGACCCUGUCUCCAAAUGCAGUCACAUGCAGAGGCACUGCGGGUUAGGACUUCAGCAGAGGAAUUUGGAGGAGGGACACAGUUCAGCCCACAGCACCGACUUUUACUGAGGCCCCCUAGGUGCUCAGCACUGUGGGCAUUCACACAAAGCCUCAUGACAAUCCUGAAAGGGAACCCUCGAGAUGCCCGUUGUUCAGAGGAGGCGGCUGAUGCCCAGGGCAGGGAGGUACGGUGCCCAGGUGAGUAGCAGAGCUAGGCGUCCUCAUCCUGGCCUUUUCCCCAAGCUGUAGCCACACUCCCUGCCUGGGUGUGUCCCAGGCCAGCACUGAUCUUUGUGCUACAGAGGACACCAGAGUCCCAGGAAGGCACAGGACUGGCCCAGGUCAAGCAGCCUGCACUAGCUUCUGCGCCACACACCCCAUGUCUUGGAAAAGCUGUUCCCCAGGGACACUCCUACCACACACUCCAAACCAAUAAAGUUUUCUA